AUGUUACUAUCUCGCCUUCGACGAGUAUUCACCACUGUGCUAUCAUCCGUUCCACUCCUAGCUAUAAGGGCAUUCGGUCAAGCCCUCCCAGCGACUGAAGCGCCCCGAUUCAAUACCAUUCCGGACUGUGCUCAGGACUGUGUUCGGAGUUUCAUAUGGACUGAUUAUCCGAACAACGCGUGCUCUUCUGUGACCGAUUUCAACUGUCUAUGUAAAACGAAUACGAAAAACGGGUAUACUCUAGGUGAAGCAGCCUUGCGCUGCAGCAUCUCGUUGUGCUCGGUUGACGUAGCGCUCAAGUCGAAUGUAUAUGGCAUUUGUGACUCAAUACCCGGGGCGCUGCCUCGUACACAUGCUACAAUAACUGCCACGGUGGUGUCCGUGCUAUCACCUACGAGUACUCCCACUACUAGCGCAGAGUCGCCUGGUCCUAGUUCAAUCACCCCUAUAAAUCCUACGCCAACAAGAACAACAGAUACAUGGACUACUCUUACUAGCUUUCAGAGCCCAGUAUCUGUAACGAAUACCGCACGGAGUAUCUCUAGCACAGCGAGCAGUGAUCAGACAUCUCACAAUGCAACAUCAGGAGCAGCGGCCGGUCAAGAAAGCAGCCUUAAUGCAGGUGCAGUUAUCGGGGUUUCCGUUUCUUCUGGUAUCGCAGGCUUUUUUAUACUUGGUGUCGUGAUAUUCUUCUGCUGCAGAAAUAUGAAACGGAAGUACCAGCACCCAAAGGAACAAAACUUCUUCGAAAUUGGAGGCGUCAUGUCGGAACCACCUGAGUUCUCUAUACCUCCAAGGCGUCCAACUCCAGGGCUCAAUCCCUCAUCCCGUGCAGGAGAUGGGGACACAGAGACUUCGAGACUCAUGUCUCCAUACCAGGCCAGUCCUCGGAACCCCGCAGUCACUGUAACUAGGCCAAACGAUGAUUAUAACUAUGGUUCCACAAGCAUACAUAGUCCGGACAAUAUUGGCUUUGCUAUUUCCUCUAACUCAGAUCUCGAGCCUUCAGUGAGCCAGUCGUCCCCGCGGACAGUCUCCGACCUUCUGCCGGAGAAGCCGGUGUACGCACUUUGCCCGGAACCAUUACGAUGGAGUCAACAGAAACAUGCGAGGUCCAAUAGUGGCGACACGUUGUUUGAAGAGGAUGUCACCAGACCAAGGAGUUUCCUUGGUAGUAACAAGCAACACCCGAAUUAUUCAAAUUUGCCAACUCCGUACAAUGAAAACCGGAAAUACAAGAGGCCACCAAGGAUAGGACUACCUGAUAAUCCACGAGCAAUGUUCCACGGCUUUCGAGCACGGAAUAAUACUGUAGUUCCCAGUGGUCCAGAUCGCCGGAAACAGCCAGUCUAUGCUAGUGCUAGCGAAGGGGUACAAGCCCCUCAUCGAGCUGAUAUAUAUGGCAAUCCAUCGCCCACGCCGCCCCCACCGCCACAUAAAGCGCAACACGAUGAGUAUAUUGGCGAUUACUGGCGGGGACCUAGUGUCGGGAAGGGGAAGGCUAGAGAUCUUCCCGAGCCACCGUUAUCUCGCGACGCAGUCCGUCAUUCAUAUCAUGAGGCCGACGCAAAAGGAAGCUUGUUAGACAGCUCUGGUGACGAAUUUGAGACGAUCAAUAUUAACGAAAGCUCGGGCUCUCAUCGCACAUCUCGACACUCCGGAAACUUCAGACCCCUCACUCCAGUGCGAGAGGUUCGGACGCCCAAUAAUGAAGGCCAGAAACGAGACUAUUUCAAUGAAAGUGCGCCCGUACAGUAUCCCCGAAUGCCGUUCUCCAGGGCUGUUAGCCCAGCUCAAGAAAUUGUCUCCAGGCCCAGGAUUGUACGGCGUGAUGAUAUCAAACGUGUCCAGAUCCGUCGAGGCAAACCGCAGCCCAAGGAGUUAACUGUUCCUUACUCACCGGACGAUUACUAG